AUGGCACCACAUCACACACACGACACAGAUGUUGAUGGCUUCCUCUCGUCCGAAGCUGAGCCUGUUGAGCUCCAUUUGCCACAGGACUUGUCCCUUUCGAUGUCGGUUCUAACCCACACCUACAGUCCCAUUUUGCCAUUACUACUCUACAUACUGUACUCACAGUAUGUGGCCACUAAGCUAAGCAGUGGUAGGAGCCCACCAAGGGGAAGAGUGGGACAUGUGAAAGCUGGUCUUGACCAUUGCCAGCACCAGCAGCAGGUCUAUGAAAUGUGA